UGCUCUGCAGUCUUCGUCAAACCAAAAGCUACAGAAUCAGAAAUUUGUUUUUUGAAAAAAAAAAAAAAGGGUAGGAAAGAAAAAGAAUUAGAGAGAGAAGAAAAAUGAGGGACAGCAAUAAGCGAAGAGCAGCGAUACAAGCUAUGAAAUCUUCGACCACAAACUUCUCAAAGAAAAUGAAAAUAGAUUCGGAAUUUAGCUUUGAAGAAUUCAAAUUACCUUCAUGGAGUUAUGAAAUUCAGGAUAAUCGUUUUUACUCAAUAUCAUCUCCAUAUGAAACUAUUUCGACCUUAUCUUCGUCCAAUUCCGGUGGAUUUCUUGCCGACGAUUUAUACUCUGUCGAUUCUGAAGCUUCUCAUUCCUCAUUCUGCAUUGAGUCCAGCGUGAUUGUGAAGGAUAGCUCGAGUUUUGUAGAUCUGAAGGUCAAGAGUUUUGAAACUGAAAGCUCAUCGUUCGAUCACAGCAAAUUCAGCAGAGAGACAACUCCUUCAAGCGAGUUUCAAGGAGACACAGACGAGAUGGACGCACCGGCGGCAAAGGGAAAGUCUGGUAGAAAAUGUUUUCAGUCGGAGAAAAUGCCGACUCAGGCGGAGAUCGAUGAGUUUUUCGCGGAAGCAGAGAAAAAAGAGCAAAAACGAUUUGCAGAGAAGUAUAACUAUGAUGUAGCGAAGGAUGUGCCACUGGAAGGCCGUUACCAGUGGGUUCGUUUGAAGCCAUAGCAAGAAAGAGAAAGAAAGAGAAAGAGAGAGAGAGAAAGAGAAUCGAUAAAGUUACACGAGGUAACAUCUAGAACGCAUGCUACAUUUCCUAAUUUAGAAGGAUGGAUGUUUGUUAUUUGUAUAGUACAGCUUUUUAUUUGUCUCAAUUUGUUUAAGAAGCUAAAUUAAAUUCCAUUUUAUAUAUACCCUCCAUGUCGUCCUA